AUGAAUAUUAAGACUUACCUGUACCGAUUUAUUCAAGCUGCACCGCUCGUCAUGGCAGCUGCGAACGGACACAGCGACAAGACUCUGUCGCUUGGUGUUGUGGUGUUUGACGGAUACGAACCCCUCGACAUCUGGGGGCCUCUGGAGCUUUUCUCCAGCAUGUCCGGAACCAAAUCCAUCCAACUCUCCGUCAUCAGCCACCGCCCCGGCCUCGUCACCACCAAAGUCCCCCCCAGCAAAUUAGCCUCCAAAGGCGCCACCAUGGCCACCUACAUCGAAGCCACGCACAGCUUCGCCGACGCCCCACCGCUCGACAUCCUCCUCAUCCCCGGCGGCGUCGGCAACCGGGCGCUGCAAGAGAACAACGACACUUCCGUGCAGGACUUCGUCGCAGCGCGCUACCCCAGCUUGCAGUACCUGCUGAGCGUGUGCACGGGUGCUGCCGCGCUGGCGCAGGCGGGCGUGUUGGAGGGCCGCAGGGCGACGUCGAGUAAGGCUGCGUGGGAGUGGGUGGUUACGCAUGGGGUGAAUGUCACGUGGGUGCCGACGGCGAGGUGGGUGGUGGAUGGGAAUGUGUGGACGAGUUCGGGAGUUUCGGCUGGCCUCGAUAUGGUGUACGCGUUUCUUCGGCACUACUACAGCGACGACAUCCAGGGGGUUGAGGACAUGAUCAACCUGAUUGAGUACGCCCCGCACACCGACCCCCAUUGGGACGCCUUCUCCAUUGUGCACAAGGUUCCCGGGGCAAACCUCAGCGAAUCCGUGGUCGACUGCGUUCGACCAGCAGGGUUCUGA